AUGGCACUAUUCCGGUCUCCCAACCAAAUGACUGGGGUUCGACUCCUUUCGGCGACAUUUUUUGUUUUAAGACAGAUGGACAUCAAUCCAGCUCAUGUACUUGGAGUGCUUGUGAAACGUUUUGGAUAUGUUCAGGAUUCUCAAGUUUUGUGCCAUCGCGAAGAGCAGAAGAUUGUCAUUAUUCUUUUGAACACUGUUGAAAGGGACAUGUUUUAUGAAGAAGCUAAUCACGAGUUCGAAGAGGGUGAAUAUAACCCCAAAUCGGAUCUCUUC